AUGCGAACGACCAGCAGAGCACUCAUGUACGGACUCUACGAUGAGUUCCAGGUAAGAUAAAAACAGGAAGCAAUUGGGCAGAAAUGCGGUCUCAGAUCUCAUUGAAUUGCCCGCGCUCACCGUACAACUCCUCCUUCUCCGUCUGCCACGCACAAGCCGCUUUUCUUUGUGAGUCCGAAUGAAUUUCCGAGUUUAUAUAAGAUUCUUCUUCAGCUGGAGUGUGCGAAGCGAUGCUCUGCCCGCUGGAACGGGUACAAGUUCUGCUGCAAACUUCGAAGUACCACGACAAGUUCAAGAACACCUUACACGCAUUCAGAGGGCUCAAGGAGUACGGCUACCGGGAAUAUUACCGCGGAUUCUCUGUGAUUCUCGUGAGAAACUCUCUCUCCAAUACUCUGUUCUUCACGCUCAGGGAUCCUUUAAAACAGAAAGUGAGUUUCAAUUUAUUCAAAAAAGAAAUGUUUGUGUUUGAUUGCAGGUAGUAGAACUGCCGCAGACGGGGCGUCUUCCGAACUCUCUCCAACAAUGGAUUGGCGAUUUUAUAGCCGGUUCUCUGCUCGGAGCAUUCAUAUCCACGGCCUUCUUUCCGUUAGGAGUAAUCAAAAAUCACAUGCAAGCAAAGGUUUGUGAAAAGUCAAAGUUAUUUAAUUACACGUCUUUCGUUCAGAUGGGAGUUCCGUACGAGAACGGUCUGCACGUGUUCCGCGACGUCUGGCGGCUCAGGAAUCGUUCCCUCCGCGGUCUUUACCUCGGAGUUCACCUCAAUUUCACUCGUUCUCUCGUCGCCUGGGGCAUCAUUAAUUCAAUGUACGGCAUCCUCCGAAGGGGCCUCUCUUCUUUUGAAUAA